AUGUCACAUUUCUAUAGUAAUAGUAAUAAUAAUAAUAGUACUAAUAAUGAUAGCAACAAUAACAACCCAUUCUACUGCAAUGAAUCAAUAAUAAUAAAUGAUAAUCAUAUAAAUGAAUAUUGUCAAGAUGAACCAGUGAUUACAAAUCAUUUUAUGACAACAUAUUUUGAUAAUAUGUGGAAUUAUUCAAAUGUCUACUCAGAUACUACUAACACUGCUGAUAAUACUACUGCUACCAGUAGUAAUCAUAUUAAGACUAAUAUUACUACUGUCACUAAGGCUACAUCACCAAUUUACAGCACUCCUUAUUUGGAAUCAAAUUCAAAUUCCGCUGUGUCACUUUACCACUUGAACACUGAAAAUCAACAACCAGAACAACAGCAACAACAACAACAACAGCAAACGACACAAUCACAAGGAUCUGACUUAGGUAAUCUCCAUGAAAUGAAGUAUACAUCAGACAUAUCCUCGGCGAAUUCUCUACUAAAGGCUGAUUUGUAUACAACUGAUCAUCAUUAUUAUUAUGGUUCGUAUUCUUAUCCGUUUAUAUGUUAUGCAUAUGAGAAAGAAAAUUGUCGAGUUCAUGAUAUUUCAUCAACUGGAAAUCAGUUUUAUAGUAGUCUCCUUGAUAACACUACUACUACUAAUACAACUACUGCCAGUGAUAUACAUGAAAUCGAUGAUAAUAAUAAUAACACCUACAAUAAUAAUAAUAAUAAUAAUAAUAAUAAUAAUAAUAACGCAAUUGAAGAAGGAUUGAUAACGUCAAAUAUUAAAAAUUCAGCAGCCUUAUUAGCCUAUUUGAAUUUAGACAAAAUAAAAGUGAACGGAAGUCUGCCAGAUUCAUUAAACAAUCAAAAUCAAUUGGAAUCUAAUUUGAAUCAGUGUUCAACAACAUUUAAAUCUAGUGGCAAAUCAACAACCAAGUCAAACGAAUCAUUUAAACCGCCAUGUUCAAAUUUUAAAAAUUCUUACAAAACUGACCACACCAUAAAUCAUCAUCAUAAUAAUAAUAAUAAUCAAAAUAGUACGACAAAUUUAUUGAAAUCGUCUGCAUCAGAAGAAUUACAAACUCAAAGAUUUUUGGCUAAUGUCCGUGAGAGACAACGCACACAAUCACUGAAUCAAGCCUUUGCCGAAUUACGUCGAAUUAUUCCAACACUACCGUCAGAUAAACUUAGUAAAAUACAAACACUAAAAUUGGCUACUCGAUAUAUUGAUUUUUUAUCCCAAGUUCUUCAAGCAGCUUCAUCAUCAUUACCAAAGCAAAAUCCGCCUACGCCGCAACCUUCAACAUCAUCAACAGCAUCAUCGAAUAAUUUCAUUGCAGAUUUAUCUACAGAAGUUUAUACAACCAAUGAUAAUAAUAAUAAGUAUUUAUGUACAGAUUGUAAAAUUGUCAAAAAUGAUCCACCACAAUUACAAUUAUCAUAUAUGACAACAUUUCAGAAAUGUGAUGUGCAUUACAAUCCAGUUGAAAAACUGAAAAGAUUAGAAUCAAAUAAUGAGUAUAAUCUGGGUGAAGAUAAAUUUUAUAAUAACAAUAGAUACGUUAAUAAUGAAGACGUUGUCUAUGAUAAUGAUAAUGACGACGAUAUUAACAGACAGUAUUCUAGAGUGUAUUCUUCGAAAGCAAAAAGUUAUCAAAAGUGGAGAUUCACUUACAACAAUUUUAUUCAACCUCCAUUGUCAUCAGCAUCAUCAGCGUCUUCUUCUUGUUCACCUCCGUCAUUAUCAUCGUCUUCUUCUCCAUCAGCCCCAUCAGAGUCAUCUGCGUCGAUAUAUUGUGUCGAAAAUAACAGUAACAAAGAACAUUUAUCGAGUGAAAUGAGAAGAUGCAAAGAGGCGUCGUCACCGUUCUCAUCAUCAUCAUCAUUUUCACCACAAUCAAUAUCCGUCAGCUUCUCAGCCUCCUCUGGCUCCUCCACGUCCACAUUAUUGACAACUUCACUGCCACUGACAUCAACAUUAGCACCAACACUACCAACAACAACAACGUCAGAACUCGUGCCACAUUCACAUCAUAAAAAUCAAGGAUUAAGUUACGCCUUUUCAGUUUGGCGUAUGGAAGGUGCAUGGUUAUCAACAUCUACUAAUGAUGAUGAUAUAAUAAUAGGAAAUUGACUGUUUCACUCUUUUAUUUAUCCAUUAUAGUUAUUCUACUUAUGAGUAGUACUCUUAGUAGAAAUAAAAAUACAUUCUUAAAUUUAUUCAUGUGGACUGACUAAACAUUUUUCACAUUUUGUCAAUUUUAUGAUACAACAAAAAUAAAAACGGAAAGUUGUAAAAGAAACUAACGAU